AACAUCUCUGAAAUGCCAGGUUUUGGAAGUAACGGCCAUGCUUUUCAACGGGAGGACAGGUUAGGUUGGUCAAUGUGCAAGUGUGCAGAACCGAGACGGAGGCAGAGGUAACUUUCUUCAUUUAUUCGGUUUCUUGUUCGUAAUUAUUUGACACCUUCCCUUCCUUCCCUCUUCUUUUGGGUACGACCUUCCUUUUCUCUCUCCUCGGCCUCCAGAAAGAAGAGAGCGAGAGGGGCGACCAAGCCCCCUUGCUUUCCUGCAUCUCGGUUUGUUCCCUGCUUUCCUUUUGGGAGGGGCCCAACUCCAGGCGAGUGGGAACCAGAGGAGAGGAAGCCCGCGAGUGUAGGCUAUUAUUAUUUCUUCUCCCACCAGCACAACUGCGCAACUGCGGAGUCAUGCCCACCCUGCCCCUCCCCUGCUGUUUUUAGCAUCUCUCCUCGCCCUUCGACCAGACCAGCGACCGAGCUUUCUUGCUUCCCGAUAUGGCUGAGGAUAUGGAGGACGCUGAGUUCUUCCUUCCGUCCGAGUUCCUCUGCGACGAUUUCUUCCUCGAAGGAGUCGGGACCAGAAAGGCGGAAGCAGAGGUUGCGGAGACUUGCUUCUCCGCCGACCUUUGUCCCGCGUCCGACUCGAAUCCGAGCUCUCCGGUGGAUUCUGCGACCACCGAGACCAAGAGCGACGAGGAGGACUACAUGGCCGGGCUAACCCAAAAGAUGGCUCAGUCCUUCCUCCAGGACGACGACGCCAACGAUACGCCAGGACUUGCAGCUGACAACGCAAAGGCACGGGAAGUCAUGGCCGGUUCACCACAGUCUACUCUGAGCCCUUGGUCCGCUUCCGGGAAGGGGAGCCCCAACGGCCUGUCGCUGCGCGUGUCGCCGCCUUCGACUCCGUUAGAGCAGCAACAGGACGAUGCCUGGGAUCUGCUCUACGCCGCGGCGGAGCAGGUGACGCGGAUGAGGGGGCUCAACGACCAGGGCAACCAUCACAGCUAUCAGGGCGGCGGGCUCUUGUGGAAGCCUUCUCCCCCGAUUUCGGCCGCUUCCAACGCCCCCGGCACUGGUUAUUACCACGCUCCAGCUCUCACCCAGCAGCAGUUGCAGCUCUGUCAUCUGAAGCAACAGCAGUUAAUCAAGCAGCCGCUCUCUGCAGCAUGGGGGAGGCAGAGCAGAGCAAGGGGCGGCGGUGGGGUUUACGGUGGGGAGCGGCGGCCUCUUGGCUUGCCAUCUUCGGCGUGGCCGCCUCUUCAGAAGUCGCGGCAGCAACCCCAACACGGUUCUGGGAUGAGGGCGGUUUUCCUGACUGGUGCCGGCGCUAAAAAGGAGUCCACCGGCACGGGUGUUUUCUUGCCUCGGAGAGUCGGCACCCCAACCGAGUCGAGCAAGAAGCCAGCUUGCUCGACUGUGCUUCUUCCGGCAAGAGUGGUUCAGGCUUUGAACCUGAAUAUGGAAGAAUUGGGAGCCCAGCAAAGCUCUCCGGAUGGCUUUGUUGUUGAUCAUGAUGUUCUUGGCUGGGCCAGCACUGCCAUUUCCCAGCGGAACCGGAACGACUUCCGUCCCCCGCCGCCGGCCGUCACGAGCCAUGAUAUACGUCUCCCCAGGAAGGAACGUGCUAACCCUCGCCACUACUGACCUCUUGCGUGCUGAUGGUGGCACCUCUUGCAGCAGGUAGCUUGGAGGAGCAGCAUCUGGUGCUGCUUUUAGUAGUCCUGGAACAUUGUUAUUGCAUUUGGGGGUGGUGGUCGUGCGUCCUGGGAAGUCACAGAUCUCGAGUACUUUGCGUCAGUGUGGGGAAUGGAAGCAGAAGAGGGAUGGAAGAAAUAAGUCAUGUUUUUUUUUGGAUAAUUUGGAGAACAAUUAGGAAAGGGUGCUUAUCCAAUAACACACCCGCUUCUCUGAAGUUUUACCUUGGUGCUCGCCAAGCCUGCCCCAAUUCUCUCAUUGCAGAAGCACAUGAGCUUGAGGAAUAAGCAAAGAUGCCUCGUUUGUAACUUGUCUUUUGUUAUAAUUUCUCUCUUUUGUAUAUUGGUUGGAGGAUGGAGUUAGGAAGAUCAUAUGCGAUAGUGUGGGCUGCUACAAGUUUUAUCAAGCUAUGUAUUUUUGGGAAAAAAAUGUUUCUAUGUAUUACUUCAUGAAAAUUAAAUUCACCAUAUGUUCUUGGUGCUUCCCCGCUUUUAGGGCCCAUGGGAUGAGACGGCGCUACGGCAUCAGCAUGGGCCGGUCAACCACCCGAAUGGAAUCUAUACACUGUCCGGCGUGGUUGGUUUUAUGCGCCAUCUGGGGGUUUUCCCAAAAGAAAAUAAUAAAUGUAUCUGAAGCCUGAAUGUGCUUCUUUA